GCACUCACCCCGCUGCUCAUCCCCGAGCACUUCCCCAACGUGCCGCUCAUCGCCGUGACCCGGAACCCGGUCUUCCCGCGCUUCAUCAAGAUCAUUGAGGUAAAAAAUAAGAAGCUGGUUGAACUACUGAGGAGGAAGGUUCGCCUUGCUCAGCCUUAUGCUGGUGUCUUUCUAAAGAAAGAUGACAACAAUGAAUCUGAUGUUGUAGAAAACCUGAAUGAGAUCUACCAAACAGGAACUUUCGUUCAGAUCCAUGAAAUGCAGGACCUUGGAGACAAGCUGCGAAUGAUUGUCAUGGGGCAUCGAAGAAUUUGUAUAAAUAAGCAACUAGAGAUUGAGCCUGAGGAACAUGAGGCUGAGAAUAAGCACAAAGCAAGAAAGAAGACGAAGCGCUCUAAGAAAGAGACUGAAGAGUCUGAUAUGAAGGGCCAAACUACAGAGCUGGUCCUCGAGCCUGUAGCACGCUCAUCACCAGAAGUGCUUAUGGUAGAAGUGGAUAAUGUUCUUCACGAAGAUUUCCAGGUCACAGAAGAAGUCAAAGCGCUUACUGCAGAAAUUGUCAAAACAAUUCGGGACAUCAUUGCCUUGAACCCUCUCUAUAGGGAGUCUGUGCUUCAGAUGAUGCAGGCAGGGCAAAGAGUGGUAGAUAACCCAAUCUAUCUGAGUGACAUGGGAGCUGCGCUAACAGGGGCAGAGUCUCAUGAAUUGCAGGACAUCCUGGAGGAAACUAAUAUUCCUAAACGGUUGUAUAAAGCCCUCUCUCUCCUGAAAAAAGAAUUUGAGCUGAGCAAACUUCAACAACGCCUUGGACGAGAGGUUGAGGAGAAAAUCAAACAGACUCAUCGCAAGUACCUUCUUCAAGAGCAGCUGAAGAUUAUUAAGAAAGAACUGGGUCUAGAGGAGGAGGACAAGGAUGCUAUAGAAGAGAAAUUUCGAGAACGGCUAAAAGAUCUAGUAGUACCAAAACUUGUUAUGGAUGUGAUCGAUGAGGAACUGAACAAACUUGGUUUGCUGGACAAUCACUCCUCAGAAUUCAAGUGAGUGUACUCUAAUACA